CAGAGUUUAAGAAUAACAUCGUUCUCCACCUCGAUGCACCACGAUUCUUGACGAACAGGGGCUCCCCGCUUUGAUCUCGCACGCCAUCGACCUGGCGUUCCAGAACCACUCAGGUACCCAGUCACACCCUGGUCUGCAGGGUUCCACACCCCGCCUAUCCGCGAUUAUUCGGAGGAGAGGCAAGACCCUCCGAUAGCCGGCACCGGCCCGCGCGGGAGACAACACUCACUCACUUUUAAAAGGUUGACACAACUUGAACUGUGUACUGUGUACGAUACGGGCACUGCACCGACGAACUGGGCUUGGAAGUUUCCAAUUGAAUCGCUCCCAGGCUCUGUCUGUUCUUUCUCAAGUCCACCCCGACUCUCUGAAGAGCGACAACUCCCGCCCACCAACUCGCCAGCGACGACACAACCAAAAAUGGCCGACCCUGCCGCCGACGUGGAAGCCCACGACGCCGCGGGCCCGUCCUCCGGCCUGCAGACAGCCAAAGACCUAUUCUCUGGCGCAGCAGGCGGCAUCGCCCAGGUGCUGAUCGGCCAACCCUUCGACAUAGUAAAAGUCCGCCUGCAAACCUCCCAAGCCUACCCGACCGCCCUCUCCGCCGCAACCUCCAUCUACCGCCACGAAGGGGCGCUGGCCUUCUACAAGGGCACCCUGACCCCGCUCCUCGGCAUCGGCGCCUGCGUCUCCAUCCAGUUCGGCGCCUUCCACGCGGCGCGCCGCUGGCUCGAGCAGCGCAAGCCUGCCUCCUCCGCACGGGGUGUCCCGCUGGGGUACGGCGAGUACUACGCCGCGGGCGCGUUCGCGGGGCUGGCGAAUAGCUUCCUGUCGGGCCCCAUCGAGCACGUGCGCAUCCGCCUGCAGACGCAGCCGCACGGUGCGGGGAGGUUGUAUGCCGGGCCGUGGGACUGCGUGCGGAAGCUGUGCAGUGCGGCGCCCGGGGGUGGGGGUGGUGUGGCGAAGGGGUUGUAUCGCGGGGAGGCGGUCACGCUGUUGCGCGAGGCGCAGGCGUAUGGGGUGUGGUUCUUGGCGUUUGAGUGGUUGAUGAACUCGGAUGCGGCGAGGAAUAAGGUGCAGCGGAAGGAGAUUGCGAGCUGGAAGGUGGCGUUCUAUGGGGGGUUGGCGGGCGAGGCGCUGUGGUUGGGGAGUUAUCCGUUUGAUGUGGUCAAGAGCAAGAUGCAGACGGAUGGGUUUGGUGCCGAGCAGCGGUACAAGACGAUGCGGGACUGCUUUGCGCAGACGUUCCGGGCGGAGGGUUUGAGGGGGUUCUGGAAGGGGAUUGGACCCACGCUGUUGAGGGCCAUGCCUGUUAGUGCGGGGACGUUCGCCGUGGUGGAGAUGACGAUGCGGGCGAUUAACUGAGAGGGGCAUCUCUACGGAGGAGUUGCAACAAUCAUCAUGGAGCCAGCCGUGAGGCCCGGGGUUGAGUUGGGAACGUGCUGACACCGGCAAGAGGUGAGGGACGAGCUUCUCAACGGUCAGAAUGGCCAGCGCCCUCAACGGGUGCUGCGAGACGAAGCAGGGGACAUGUCUGAGAGCCAGAUGAGAUGGGCGCAGAUGAUACCAUUUGGAGCGUUCCGGUGCUUGUAUAUAGGUA